AUGACAUUCCGUUGCUACGAAUCGCCAAACUUUGGCGUCCCGAGGGAUUUCACCCGCGGUUUCGAAGAGUGUUAUACUGAGAUAAGGCCUCAUUCUGACGCUAGCUAUAUCCGAAUUCCGAGGGACUACCUUUUGGAUAAGAUGCUCAUCCUCUCAAGCGUUCUGCCUUAUGAGGCACCGUGUGCGGGUGUGACUUGGAGCAUCAAACAAUUUGGAUCGGUAAAGAUUGACUUCUCAUUGCCGAAUGCUGUGCGAAAAGCGCUCCACGAAGGGCUUGUGAAGGAAUAUGUGGUGAUGAUGGAAUUUAAUCAAUGCAAUCUGGGGCCUGCAGCGACACCACCUGAAACGCUUCUUACACUCAAUAACAUCGAUCAUGCGGCCGUGGCUCCUGGUAUCUAUGACCUAACCGUCGUCCUGCAGCGCGCUAUCCGUCAGAGUCAAGCCAAUGAACAUCGUUUGACCAUCGAUUAUCUACUGAGCGAAACCAAAUACGAAUUCAAGCUGGCUUUGUACAAAGCUGAGCGGCCGGAGCGCUGGCAGUGGCCCGGGAUCAAUCUCAACGAGUUCCGCAUCACUAACCUGCCACGCGGCUACGAGUACAUGGAUUGGCAUUUCGAGCUUGACUACGCAUUCUCGGAUGAAAACAAGAUCCUAGUGGAUCUGAUGUGUCCGCUAUCGGAUGAUCGUGUUAUGCUACCGGGUCGUGGGAUUCAAUGUCGUCAUUUGGAAGUGUUCGACGUUCACUAUUACGUCUACAAUUCGCGGUUGACCCAGAACUGGGUGUGCCCAAUUCCUGGUUGCAACCGGGAGGUUCGAUUCUUUGAGCUUCGUGUGGAUCGUUUGUUCGAAGAGAUUAUUCAUGGGCUGCUUGAUGAGGAAAUCCCGGCCACGAUUAUCGAAUUUGGAGCUGACAUGACAUGGAAGUAUAUUAAGCCCGAUCCAUCCACUGUAAGCGCCGCGAACAACAUGAAGGGCAAUAAGCGGAUGCGAAAGCACGACACUGAUCCGGCGUUGUCCAUCACCACCAAGCAGCCGAUGAGAAAGCUUUCCGGGGUUUCUUAUGUC